CACUAAGACCGUGCAGAGUUUAGUUUUGUUGAAUUUUGUUUCAUCUAGAUAUUGUAUAAACCAUGGAGUUUCUUGACUUGUUGGCACAAAAACGACCGCAAAGAGGAUUUACAAAGCGAAAACGCCCAGGAGCCGAAGACGAUACCAAACCGGAAGCAAAGAAAGUGAAAGGUGGCGCUGUAACCGAAGGUACGCCAACGCAUCCACGCUUUGCUUUUACACAGAACGGCAAGCCGGUUUAUCGAUUUUGCAACGACAAGUUCGUUUAUGUUGGUACGAAUACGGACGCAAAGAAAAGUACGAUUCGUGUUGUUUUCGGGGAAUGGAAAGAACAGCCUGAUAACUCCUGGAAAGCGACUUGGGGGAAAAACAUUGUGCUCUCCAAAAAAGGAUUUCUCCGUUUGGCGGCUCUUAUGCUGGCUGGAAAAUCCGACAUGGACAAGACUGCCCGAGCCAGUUCAGCAGAAACAGGGAGGUUGACACCAUUGUACUUACUAGAUGGAAGUAUGUAUUUUGGUUGGAGUCGUUUUAGCAACGCAAACGUGGCUACGAUUCGUCGAUUCAAUGUGAAAGCUGGCGACAUGGUCCCGACCCGUUGCGGUAUUUCGUUCGGUGAGCGCUGUUAUGACGGACUGAAGGAACUGCUGAAGGAUCUGCAGUUGAUUAAGGACAUUGCCAAGAUUCAGAAGGAAAGUGGCACUGAGGAUCCGAUUUUGGAAGGUUUAGCGUACACUGAACUGGAUGAAAACAUAGCUGAUGCCUUGGUUCCACUGGUAAAACUGAUGGACGACGGGACUGGACCGAAGAAUUACACCGAAAAUUACCGCCCAUCGGAUGCGGAACGGAACGGAGCUGUGGAACGUCUACAGGAACUGCGCAUUGUGCAUGGUAUCUUGUUUGGGUUAGAAAAGCUGGGAAUUGAGCAAGCUCUGGAAAUGGAUGUGGAGUCUUAUUUAAUGUUGCAUGAGAAUCGUAUUCGUGGAAACGUUGGGCGCACUAUUGCAGCGGAUAAUUGUUGACGUGUUAAAUUGAGUUAUUUCAUUGACAGCCGCCAGUGACGCGAAAUGCUGAGAGUAGCGUUCCAAAGUUCUCCCGUAUGAAUCAAACAUUUCCAUUUUUCCAGCUUGUUCCUGGUACAGCGCGAUCCAGUGCUCACCUUCCUGGUCGGCGGGGUCUGUAUUUACCACACACGCUCCCGGGA